GAUUUUGGCUAGCCUAUAUAAAUGAAUGAAAUUUUUGAGUAAAGUGUCAUUGAAUUGCCAGCUAUUCAACCCAUCGACAUGAAGAUCUGCAUCCUUUUAGCCAUUGCCGCGUGCGCGACAGCAUUUGUUUUGCCGACAUCGGACGAUCUUCAGAGUUUGAUCGCUGACACUCAAAAAGCUUUACAAGAAUCCGAUUUACCUGAAAGUAUGAAACAAGAACUGACCAACCUUCUCAAUGAUCCCACAGUCGUGGAAGAAUUGCUUGCUAACAAUAUGGAAGCGUUCGCCUCUUCAGUGAGAACAGCUACAGCUGAACCGGCCGAGCGCUGCUUCUUCCUGAUAGCCCUGCUCAUAGCUCAGUUGGUCCAGAGCAUGACGACCACCGUUGCCACAACUGUUGCCACCACUGUUGCCCCGUAAGAGACGCUUGUUGAACGGAAAAGCCACAAGUUUAUUCAACAUAGAACAGCGUAACCCCGUAAACCCUAGCGAUAAGUGUGGUGACUGUUUACACGUUAGCUAAAAUGCAGAAAAAAAAACUAUUCGUGAAACGUGUAAUACAAUUUUGGUGUUGGAAGCA